AUGACGAGGAACCUUGCGAAGCCCACCAUCACGUCGCCCGGGUUUCUGCUCUGCCGCUACAACAAGGACGGCGACGACGAGGAGAAGAACGACCGCGGCCGCUCCGGAUACAACAAGGACGGCGAUGACGACGAAGAGGGCCAGAACAAGGGCCGCUCCGGCUACAAUAAGGAUGGCGACGACGAGGAGGACAAAUAA